AAUAUCAUUGUAUUAAAAAACCGUUAAACACGGAAAAAUACUCCAGUUUUUGUGCAGAGUUCAACAUUCAUCAAUUUCAUUAAAAUUAAAUGACGGACAUUGAUGUUUGUGUUGGAAAUAAUACUAUAGUUGAUGCAGAAGUUUAUCAGUUGUGGCUGAAAGGAUUAACAGUGAAUGAAGCAUGUACAGUACAGCAGAAAAAAGGUGUCGUUCAAAAAUUCGAUGCAACGUCAGAGAUGUUACGAGCCGAGAUUCAUAACCAUUAUAGAACAUUCAACAUGCUUGAAAGGUAUCUGAAGUCGCCUCAGAAACUUCCUGAACAGUUGGUGUUUCAAUUGGAUAGUGAAACCCAAAAGCUCCUGGUUGAAAGAUACUAUGCUUUAGACUCGAUAGUAAUCAGAGAGUUUUUGGGAAAGAAACUCUCUUCUAAAAACCGAAAUCAGUUAGACGAUGUGAGCGAGAAGACGAGAAUAGCAUUGAAAUCCUGCAGGAGACAGUUUGAUAAUUUAAAACGGGUAUUUAAAACUGUGGAAGAGUUAAUGGGCUCCCUGGUAGAAAAUAUUAAAACACAUUUCUUAAUAAGUAACUCUCUAGCUAGGCAAUAUGCUGCAAUAGUAUUUAUAACAAAUAAUCGCUUUGAAACUGGAAAGAAACGUCUUCUUCAUAUUACUUUCGACGAUUUUGCUUUCUGUGCUAACGAAAUGAUGACCAACUGGAGUUAUAGUUCAGAAGACUGUAAAAAUCACGAGGACAUGGAUGUGGAUUUAGAUCAAGAAUUUCUUCAUGAACUUCGUGAAAUUAAAGGAAUGAUGAAUUCUCUUGAUGAACAUAAAAGUAUCGUUUGCAAAGAAGUAAAAGACAAAAUUACGCCUGAUGCUUAUAGCGAGUUGGAUUGUAAUUUUAAGUCAAUUAGUAAAGCAUGUAUCCACAUCGGUUACAAUUUAAACCAUAGCAAGGAACUAAAAGAUUUCUUUAACGACGUUAUCGAAAAAAUUGUGGACCAAUUUAGAGGGUUCCGAUGGAGUAUAGCUGAUACGAAUACUUUUUUCUGGGCUUAUAAAGAAACCAGCUCUCGAUUAGAAUUUUUCAAGCAUAAUCCCCAACUAAUUAGGAUAUGGGAAAGAUAUAUGCACACUCUACAUAAAUGUGUGCUACGCUUGAUUCAAGCAUCCAGCUAA